AUGGCAAAGGUUAAAGCUAGUUAGAUACAUGGAAACCACAUCUUGAAAUUCCCUUUCAUUGCUAUGGCAAUGCAAACCCUUUCUUCUUACCCAGCUGAGUUGUUACAUUAAUCAGGAUGUAGCCUAAUGCAUCUCACACUGGUUAAGGUUUGCCUCCAUCCAGUUUUUAGAACCCUAGGGUACUUUAUGGGCUGAUACCUAACACAGGACACACAACUCACAUUUACAACUCUCACAUUUACAACAAUUGUUUUAAAAAGCAAGUUGUCCUUUCAAGUCAGGAUCUGGGCAUACGCCUACUGGUAUGAGCACAGAGUCCUAAAUGUAGCUUGCUACUGUUGAGAGAGUAUGUAGUAUCGGGUCAAAAAGGUUUCGGGUCAAUUUCUCCCUCUUUCUUUCUCUUUCUCCAUCUCUUUUUGUUUUAUCUCUUUCUCCAGAGAGGAUCAGAUGAACUGAUAUCAAGCAGUGUCUACAACAGUGGUUCUGACAGUAUCACUGGUAAGUUCGCUGUUCCUUUGCCAGUCCCCUCUGAAUGGUCAUUUGAUCGUGUUCCAACGGCAUUCAAAUAAGUCAAAAGGAUUAAUGAAUGUUUGAAGUCGAACGGCUGUAUUGGUGAGUGUCUUUCCCCGCGGGAGGUGUUUCGGUAUCUGUAGGUGCGACUGAAAGAGAGAUGCUGUGCAUUUCAAUAGGGCUAUAUCUCUUCAGAACAUGGCUGUAAUGUCUUGGAGAAACUAUAGUAAGGUAGGAGCUGAAGAGAAUGUAGCCAGACUCUGGUUGGCUGAGAAAGUUACUGUAUUAAUGUAUUCUGUAGGUCCUUCAAAUCUAUAUCUAGAAAGCCUCAACAUACACUGAGUGUACAAAACAUUAAGAACACCUGCCCUUUCCAUGACAUAGACUGACCAGUUGAAUCCAGGUGUAAGCUAUGAUCCAUUAUUGAUGUCACUUGUUAAAUCCACUUCAAUCAGUGUAGAUGAAGGGGACAAGACGGGUUAAAUAAUACAUUUUUGAGACAUGGAUUGUGUAUAUGUGCCAUUCAGACAGUGAAUGGGCAAGACUAAAUAUUUAGGAGUGCCUUUGAACGGGAUAUGGUAGUAGGUGCAAGGCGCACCGGUUUGAGUGUGUCAAGAACUCCAACGGUGCUGGGUUUUUCACGCUCACAGUUUCCAGUGUGUAUCAAGAAUGGUCCAUCACCCAAAGGACAUCCAGCCAAGUUGACACAACUGUGGGAAGCAUUUGAGUCAACAUGGGCCAGCAUCCCCGUGGAACGCUUUCGACACCUUGUAGAGUCCAUGCCCCGAUGAAUCAAGGCUGUUCUGCGGGCAAAAGAGAGAAGGGGGGGGGUGUUCCUAAUGUUUUGUACGCUCAGUGUAAAUUGCAUUCAGAUGCAAAAUAUAAUGUUACACUUAUUUUUAAAUGUUUGAGAAUGAAACACUAACACUGAAGUUCAGUUAUGACUUGUUUCCGUCCAUCGUAAGAGGAUGGACUGUGGUGGUGUUAGUUUCCGUGCUCCUCUCAAGGAAGUGGGUGUUUUGUGCUUUCUGGUGGGCGGCUUUAGAGCAGAGCAGAGCAGGAUUGGGAUAAUAGAAGCUUCUGUCUUUUUUCUAUCUAGAUGGGACAGCCAAUGGGAACGACAGUAAAGCCAAUGGGAGCGACAGUAAAAAGCUAAGAGUGGAAGACCGGAUGGAAGCUCCUCCCUCUCGUGUGCUGCACAUCAGAAAACUGCCCAAUGAAACUUCAGAAUCGGAGGUCAUUGCCCUGGGGUUACCUUUCGGGAAGGUCACCAAUAUCCUGACGCUUAAGGGGAAAAACCAGGUGAGUGGGCCCAGAUAGAGGAACAGGCGACGCGACGGAUGUUUUACUCCGCCCCCAAAAUCUUUACACAAAAAAAAAAUUUGCCCACGAAGGGAGGAAUUUUUGUAUGCAGGUCAAUGAGUGUCGCAUUUGGUCAACAAAAAAAUGUAAUUGCUAAUUUUGCUACGUGAGCCUUAUUUGUUCUAAUUGAAGUUUCGUACUGGUUAGGUUGUUACGAAUGCACUGAUAUAAGUGGAUACGUGGGGGAUAGUGCGAGAGAGGGUGGAUGAGGAGGAGGCUUGGCUUUGAAGCGCUGGCCAUCUUGUUAUGAAAUGCGUUAUCUCAAUUAGGUCCACAGAGUUAUACCUACGGAGGAGUGGCUUCUAUGAAGGAACUUUGAAUGUCUUAACUUCCGAAAGUUAACGUUGGACUAACAAGCUUGUGUGUGCAGAGUGGCAUUAAUCACCAUGUUUCCUUCAUUUAUGUCCCACUCCCUGCAUAUAACGUAUUUUAUGAUACCAUUUAGUCACAUUUUGCGACCCUUUGACUUGGCUGUGCAAGUUUUUUUAAAUGUAGGAGGCUAAAACCAUGAUUUGGUCAAACGGUAAAGUACAUUAUCCUCAUGAUUCCUGUAAUGAGUGUCUACCUGCCUGCCCCUGUACCUGUUUCGCUGGUUGUCGAGCGAACCGCUCUUUUCCCGGGGAGAAUGAAGUGUUCGGAUUGUAUAACAAAAAUCAAAUUGCCUGGAAAACACAGCUAUCCUGUUGUCACAGUUGAAGAAAGGAGGUUAUCAGCUUUCUGUAGGUAUGGAUUCUUUUUUUUUCUUCUCCGUGCUCAAUAACAGCUAUCUUACAGCCAAGAUAUUUGAUAUGGCUUUGAGAUACGGAGCGAGCGAACUGCGUUUUGGCCAUUGCGAUUUCCUAGGCCGCAUUGAGUGGUAGGCUACAACGGCAAUGUUCUUUUGGACAUUAAAAAAAAUGUUUACUGUUAGGUUAAUACAUGGCUACUAGCAGUGGGUAUUAUAUUUACAGUUAGCGAUCUAGAUAAUGUGUUUUGAGUUUCUAGUUAUUCAGGUGGUGAAUUAGCCCCAAAAUAAAUGAGGCUGUGAUAUUAGUGCACAUAAAGACGUAGGCAAAUUCAUUCUAUUGAACAUUCUAAAAAAAACUUUAAAAAAAAACUAACAGUAAAAUAUAAUACAAAUAUAAAACAUUUUAUUUUUUGGGGUGCCACCAAAUCAUUGGCUGGUGCCUCCAACUGGAAAAACCUUAGUGCCACCAGGGGAAAGUAUAGUCUGGCGCCUUAGAUACAGACAUGGUACAGUUUUUUAUUUGAAUUGAACUGUAUCAUUUCUGUAUCGUAAGACUUCCAUAGAAUGCCAUUAGGUAUAUAGCCUAACAGAACUCUAAAUGCUGUUCUUGUCCAUUUUGGUCUUCAGGCUUUCUUGGAGCUGGGGACAGAGGAAGCAGCAAUAACCAUGGUGAACUACUACUCCACUGUGACACCUCAUGUUCGUAACGUCCCCGUAUUCAUCCAGUACUCCAACCACAAAGAACUCAAAACAGAUAGUGGAAACCAGCGGGCCCAGGCGGUCCUGCAGGCGGUGUCGGCGGUCCAGGGGGGAGGUACUCCUACAUCAGAUCUAACGGAGGCGUCCAGCCCUGUGCUCAGAAUAAUCAUUGACAACAUGUUCUACCCAGUCACUCUGGAUGUGCUGCAACAGGUACCUUCCUAUUCUAAUAGGUUUGUCAGGGUCAGAGGGCAGAUUUUAUAAAUGCAAUUAAAUUUAUUAUAAUUUUUUUGUGGUUGUGCUCCGUUUUGUACAGACAUGAUCCGAAUCAAUGGCGCCGUACUGCAUGGCCUCCGUUUUGCUAUUUGUGAUUAUUUUGUAGUUUUUUAAUUUUUCACGGAAUGUAUGCGCUAUUAAUUCUUACAACCGACAAUAACUUUUGAACAUCAGAUUGGCAGUUACUUACCCCAAUUCCGGCUUCAACUUCGACUCAUGGGGCGCUCUGUAAUUCCGACCCAGUUUUCCGGCUACCCAAGAGGAAACGCCGGCGUUAGAGGCAAGGGGGAGGGGAUCCUGGUGAGAUUAAGGAGAAGGGGAAAACCGUCAAUCAGAUCAUGACUCCGUACUCCUGCUUCCUGUUUACAAGCAGAAACACAAACAGGAAGUACCCGUGACUCGCUCCGUUGAGAGGUGGUCACCAGAAUCCGAGGUUAUGCUACAGGACUGCUUUGCUAACGCUGGCUGGAAUACGUUCAGAGACUCCGCCGAUAACAUGGACGAGAUAACCACCUCCGUCACUGGCUUCAUUAGAAAAUGCAUCGGCGACGUUGUACCCACGGUGAGGGGACGCUGCUUCCCCAAUCAAAAGCCCUGGAUUAACACCAAGGUUGGCACUAAACUGAAGGACAGGGCUACCGCACAGAGUUAUCGUAGAUCAGGGUUUCCCAAAGUCGGUCUUUGGACCCCCCAUCCUUGGUGCACGUUUUAGUUUUUUGCCCUAGCACAACACAGCUGAUUCAAAUAAACGACUCAUCAUCAAGAUUUGAUUAUUUGAAUCAGCUGUGUAGUGCGAGGGCAAAAAACUAAACGUGCACCCGGGGGAGGCCUCUGGACCGACUUUGGGAAACCUUGUCGUAGACAACCCUGAGGCUACGGCUGAGGACAGGAAGUCCCGCUAUGACCUCCAGAUUCAUCAAACGAGCAGAAGGACAAUAAAGGAAUAAGGUGGAGAUAUACUGCACAGGCUCUGACGCCCGCCGCAGGUGGCAGGGGGCUACAGUCCAUUACGGAUUACAAAGGAAGACCCAACUGAUCUGCCCAAUGAUGCCUCUCUACCAGACCAACUGAAUGCAUUUUAUGCACGCCACAUCAUGCCGGGUCUGAGGGCCGUCACAGACCCAGAGGAUUGAGUGAUCUCACUCUCCGGGGCCGACGUGAGAAAGGCCUUCAAUCAGGUCAACACCCCGCCUGGCGUUAUUCCAGGGCAUGUUUCUCAGAACAUGAGCAGAACAGCUGGCGUGCAUAUUCACUGUCAUUUACAACCUCCACCUUGACCCAAUCUGUAAUCUCCAAAUGUUUUAAAGAUGGCCGCCAUCAUUCCUGUCCCCAAGAACUCUUAAUGCUUCAUGCCGCAAUGGCUACCGCCCUGUAGCACUCACUUCUGUAAUCAUGAAGGGCUUUGAGAAGCUGGUUAUGACACACAUUAACACCACCAUCCCAGACACCCUAGACCCACUCCAAUUUGCAUACCGCCCCAACAGAUCCAUAGAUGAGGCAAUCUCAAUUGCUCUCCACACUGCCCUCACCCACCUAGAUAAGAGGAAUACCUAUGUGAGAAUGCUGUUCAUUGACUACAGCUCAGCGUUCAACGCCAUUGUCCCCUCCAAGCUCGACACCAAACUUAGGACUCUGGGUCUGAACACCUCCCCCUUCAACUGGAUCCUGGACUUCCUGACGGGCCGACCCCAUGUGGUGAGGGUAGCCACGCUGACAGGGGUGUGUGCUUAGUCCCCUCCAGUACUCCCUGUUCACCCACGGCUGCGUGGCCAAGCACGACUCCAACUUCGUGGAGGUUGUAUUUUCAAUAUUUUGUAUUGUUAUUUUCUUUUUUUUUUAAUUGUCAGAUCUUCUCAAAGUUUGGCACUGUCAUGAAGAUAAGCCGUAUAGUCUAUUCUCUCUGUUUCCACGCGGCAAGCGGUACCUGUGCAUCAAGUCUGGCGCUAACAGCCUCUUGAACAGCUUCUAUCAACAAUCAAUAAGACUGAUUAAUAGCUAACACAAUAGUUACACACUAUCUUUAUUGACCUUUUACUUUUAAUUUAAUAUUUGUCUCUAUUCACACCACACACUGUCACUCCAACACACACGCACUCCAUCAUUUUCUCACUCACACAUAAUAUGCACAUACAUUUAUACUGACUCUACACACCCACUCACAUACAAGCUGCUGCUACUCUGUUUAUCUUAUAUCCUGUUGCCUAGUCACCUUACAUAUCUACCUCCAUCACUCCAGUAUCCCUGCACAUUGUAAAUAUGGUACAGGAACUGACUGACCCUGUAUAUACACGGCUCAAAAAAAUAAAGGGAACACUUAAACAACACAUCCUAGAUCUGAAUGAAUGAAAUAAUCUUAUUAAAUACUUUUUUCUUUACAUAGUUGAAUGUGCUGACAACAAAAUCACACACAAAAUUAUCAAUGGAAAUCAAAUGUAUCAACCCAUGGAGGUCUGGAUUUGGAGUCACCCUCAAAAUUAAAGUGGAAAACCACACUACAGGCUGAUCCAACGUUGAUGUAAUGUCCUUAAAACAAGUCAAAAUGAGGCUCAGUAGUGUGUGUGUGUGGCCUCCACGUGCCUGUAUGACCUCCCUACAACGGCUGGGCAUGCUCCUGAUGAGGUGGCAGAUGGUUUCCUGAGGAAUCUCCUCCCAGACCUGGACUAAAGCAUCCGCUAACUCCUGGACAGUCUGUGGUGCAACGUGGCGUUGGUGGAUGGAGCAAGACAUGAUGUCCCAGAUGUGCUCAAUUGGAUUCAGGUCUGGGGAACCUGGGCCAGUCCAUAGCAUCAAUGCCUUCCUCUUGCAGGAACUGCUGACACACUCCAGCCACAUGAGGUCUAGCAUUGUCUUGCAUUAGGAGGAACCCAGGGCCAACCGCACCAGCAUAUGGUCUCACAAGGGGUCUGAGGAUCUCAUCUCGGUACCUAAUGGCAGUCAGGUUACCUCUGGCGAGCACAUGGAGGGCUGUGCGGCCCCCCAAAGAAAUGAUACCCCACACCAUGACUGACCCACCGCCAAACCGGUCAUGCUGGAGGAUGUUGCAGGCAGCAGAACGUUCUCCACGGCGUCUCCAGACUCUGUCACGUCUGUCACGUGCUCAGUGUGAACCUGCUUUCAUCUGUGAAGAGUACAGGGCGCCAGUGGCGAAUUUGCCAAUCUUGGUGUUCUCUGGCAAAUGCCAAACGUCCUGCACGGUGUUGGGCUGUAAGCACAACCCCCACCUGUGGACGUCGGGCCCUCAUACCACCCUCAUGGAGUCUGUUUCUGACCAUUUGAGCAGACACAUGCACAUUUGUGGCCUGCUGGAGGUCAUUUUGCAGGGACUCUGACAGUGCUCCUCCUGCUCCUCCUUGCACAAAGGCGGAGGUAACAGUCCUGCUGCUGGGUUGUUGCCCUCCUACGGCCUCCUCCACAUCUCCUGAUGUACUGGCCUGUCUCCUGAUAGCGCCUCCAUGCUCUGGACACUACGCUGACAGACACAGCAAACCUUCUUGCCACAGCUCGCAUUGAUGUGCCAUCCUGGAUGAGCUGCGCUACCUGAGCCACUUGUGUGGGUUGUAGACUCCGUCUCAUGCUACCACUAGAGUGAAAGCACUGCCAUCAUUCAAAAGUGACCAAAACAUCAGCCAGGAAGCAUAGGAACUGAGAAGUGGUCUGUGUUCACCACCUGCAAAACCAGUCCUUUAUUGGGGGUGUCUUGCUAAUUGCCUAUAAUUUCCACCUGUUGUCUAUUCCAUUUGCACAACAGCAUGUGGAAUUUAUUGUCAAUCAGUGUUGCUUCCUAAGUGGACAGUUUGAUUUCACAGAAGUGUGAUUUACCUGGAGUUACAUUGUGUUGUUUAAGUGUUCCCUUUAUUUUUUUGAGCAGUGUAGUAACCUUACCACUAUACAUAUCUACCUCCAUCACUCCAGUAUCCCUACACAUUGUAAAUAUGUUACUGGAACUGACCCUCUAUAUAGUAAGUUUACUUACUUUCUCGUGUUCAGGAGUAAAUGUCAGUUGGCUUUUCAUAGCCGAGCAUUCAGAGGUCAAGGACAGCAGGUGCGGUAGAGAGCGCAGCAGGUCCGGAACAAGGUAGCACGUCCGGUGAACAGGUCAUGGUUCCAUAGCCACAGGCAGAACAGUUGAAACUGGAGCAGCAGCACGACCAGGUGGACUGGGGACAGCAAGGAGUCAUCAGGCCAGGUAGUCCUGAGGCAUGGUCCUAGGGCUCAGGUCCUCCGGGAGGGGAGGGAGAGAGAGAGAGGGCGAGAGAGAUAAUUAGAGGGAGCAUACUUAAAUUCACACAGGACACCGGAUAAGACAGGAGAAUAACACCAUAUAUAACAGACUGACCCUAGCCCCCCGGCACAUAGACUCUUGCAGUAUAGAUCCUGGAGGCUGAGACGGGGGGGGGGGGGGGGUCAGGGGACACUGUGGCCCCGUCCGACGAUACCCCCGGACAGUGCCAACCAGGCAGGAUAUAACCCCACCCACUUUGCCAAAGCACAGCCCCCACACCACCAGAGGGAUAUCAACAGACCACCAACCUACUACCCUGAGACAAGGCUGAGUAUAGCCCACAAAGAUCUCCCACCGCACGAGCCCGAGGGGGCGACAAAUUGGACGGGAAGAUCACGUCAGUGACUCAACCCACUCAAGUGACGCACCCCUCCUAGGGACGGCAUGGAAAGCACCAGUAAGCCAGUGACUCAGCCCCCGUAAUAGGGUCAGAGGCAGAUAAUCCCAGUGGAGAGACGGGAGCCGGCCAGGCAGAGACGAUGCUUUGCCGUUCACAUAGUUAUUGAUUAUUCCAUUGUUGGGUUUUGAGUUUGCAAGAAAGGCGUUUCACUGUACUUGUGCAUAUGACAUUACAACUUGAAACUUGACUACCUCUUCUGCCCUUACCUCAUUGCAGAAAUUAGGGUGUUUUUUUAAAAGUGGCUUUUAAUAUUACAUCUGAUUUGUCAAAUAUCAGCUACUUCGUGGAGGUUGUAUUUUCAAUAUUUUGUAUUGUUAUUUUCUGUUUUUUUUAUUGUCAGAUCUUCUCAAAGUUUGGCACUGUCAUGAAGAUAAUCACAUUCACCAAGAACAAUCAGUUCCAGGCCCUGCUGCAGUUCAACGACCCACCGACUGCCCAGCAAGCCAAAGUAGUGAGUGGGACUUCUCGUAGCACGUAACAAAUUGAUAAUGAACAGAGUUUUACCAUUUUCAUUGCACGUUGGCGUAUAUGUACAUUUGUAUACUUGCUAUUUUGAUUGAGUUCUGCGAAGAUUUCCAAUAUACAGUACUUAUCAUUACACAUGGCAAAUAGACUCAACUGGAAUCGUUCCAUUGCUCCUCAGGCCCUGGAUGGACAGAACAUCUACAACUCGUGCUGUACACUCCGCAUCGACUACUCCAAGCUGGUCAACCUGAACGUCAAGUACAACAACGACAAGAGCCGUGACUACACCCGGCCAGAGCUCCCUGCCGGGGACGGACAGCCUGCCAUAGACCCCAACAUGGCUGCUGCCUUCCAAGGCAAGGACUCCAACUCUCUGCUCGGUAAGAUCCCCGGUAGCUCCUCCUCUCUUCUUUGGGGUCAGGAAGUUGGGAGGUGUUGGAAGCUCGACACUGGUUUAGGGGGCGAGCUCUGCUUUUUCCAUCUGGUUCUGUGUGGGGUCUAUCUCUCUGCUCAUGUUUGUUAACAUCAUCCUUGGCCAGUGUCAGGUGGAAUCACUAUUUCUGGACCGACUGUACCUGACUGCCAGGGAGAGAACGUUUUGUUUUUUACCUCGCCCGGGUCUCUGGCUGGGCGGAGUUUGCACGUUUUCGACCAUUCCGUUGGUCCUAAAGGGAAAUCUGUGCCCUCGCUAGCCCAGGGUGAGACUAAAUCCUGACCCCUCUGGCGUCUCCAGGUGCCCUGAGCCCGCUGAAUGCUGCGGCUGCGGCUGCUGCUGCUGCGGGGAGGGUGGCUCUGUCUGGUCACUCUGGUUCCGGCGGCGUGCUCCUGGUCUCCAACCUCAACGAAGAGGUCAGUAAUGAUCUACCUACCUACCCACCCACCCCCUCCAGACGUAGGCCAAACACUUCUCACAAACCAACACUCAUUUAUUUCUCUCUCUCUCUCGCUCAAUCGUCCUCUCGCUCACUUUCUCCCUCUUGCUGUUUCUCUCUCUCUCCGUUCUCUCUGUCUCUCUGUCUGUCUCUCUCUGUCUGUCUCUCUCUCCAAUCUCUCUCUCUCUCUCUCUCUCUCUCUCUCUCUCUCUCUCUCUCUCUCCUUCUCUCUCUCUCCUCUCUCUCUCCUGUCUCCAUCCUCUCUCUCCUUCUCUCUCUGUCUCCAACUCUCUCCCUGCUGUCUCUGUUCACUUCUUCUCUCCUCUCUCUUGCUUUCUGUCUCUCUCCUCUUCUGCCCGUGAAUAACUCGCUCUGUCUCUGUCUAAACUCUACUCAUCUGUCACCCAUCCUCUCCUGUCUGCUGCUUUCUCUGUCUGCGUGUUAAUUCCUGUCUAAUCUCUCCUCUGUCUGCCGUGUUACCUGCUAAUCUUCCUCUGUCUGCCGUGUUAACACUGUCUAAUCUCUCCUCUGUCUGCCGUGUUAACACUGUCUAAUCUCUCCUCUGUCUGCCGUGUUGAUCUGAAACUGGUUAACACUGUCUAAUCUCUCCUCUCUCUGGCUCUAUGAUAUCUUGGUCUUGUCUGAAUCACUCCUAUUCUCUUUUUCCAACUGAAAUGUAACUCUGGCUCUCUCCUCUCUUUCUCUAUGGAGAGGACCCCAUAUUUCAGAUACUUUGACUUGCGGAUACUAUUUUGGCCCCACACCCUCUUUUUAACGUGUAUGUCUGUGGGGCCAAACAUGAUCUGUGAGUGUCUACCAGGUGGUUUCAUGUCUGUUCUUGCAUGUCCAUGCUACUAAACUGAGAUUUGAGUGAUCUUUUGUACUAAUUGUCCUCAUUUCAUACCCGUUUACUAAAGCACAGAAUGAUCCUGAACUUCGAGCUCUAGCCUACCACAUGCCUUUUUUGUUUCUUUUUUUGCUAGUCUGUAGCUCCUGUGGUUAUGAUUUGACAUUGACUGUACCUUUCUAUGUUUGUCAAAGGGAUGAUUACAUUUGGCACAAUUGAUUUGCUUGUUUAGUUCUGACUAAGUACAUGAACCAGUCAUAGUCUGACCAAACUCCUGCAUCAUUUCCAGUGUACUGACCUGUAUUUUAAUUUUUGUCCCCCUCCCUCACUGUUUUUUUUUUUUUUACAUUUGCAUUUGCCCUCCCUUCCUCCCUCCCCACCUACCUACCCUUCAUCCUUCCCUUCCCCCUCUCUCUCUCUCGCUCUCUUCCCCCCAUCUUUUCCCUUUGCUUCAUCCCCCCCCUCCCCCCCUCUCUCUCUCUCUCUCUCCCCCAUCUUUUCCCUUUGCUUCAUCGCUCCCCCUCUCUCUCUACCCCAUCUUUCCCCUUUGCUUCAUCCCUCCCCUCUCUCUCGCUCUCUCCCCCCCAAUCUUUUCCCUUUUUGCUUCAUCCCUCCCUCCCUAUAACCCCCUCUUCAUGCUUGGUGCUUGAACAAAACCUGUUCCCUUGGACCAACCUUAUCCCCAAAUUAACUGCCUUGAACCAUACUCCAUGACCACCACCCACCAUUCUACGGGAAACCACCCUCCUCCGUUAUGGAUGAUCUGUCCAUCUCCGCUCCGCUCUCUACCUCCGCUCCGACUCUUCUACCUGUCUACCUGUCUUCUGCUGCUUUGCUCUUCUCUCCUUCUAAAGAUGGUUACGCCCCAAAGUCUGUUUACCCUCUUCGGUAUGUUGUUAGCGGCUCUCGCUCUCUUCUUCUGUCGGUUAUUUCAGUUCUAA